AUGCAUUCUCUGGGACACUCGCCGUCUACACCGGGUGGAGAAAUUAUUCCACCCCUCAACAUUGUGAACGGCGACCUUCAUCUCGGUAACAUUCUCGUCCAGUUCCCUGAAUUCAUCGAUCGUUAUUCUACUUCAGAAUUAUACGAGAAAUUUGGAAAGCCACAGUCAGAGGCCGUUGUUCGUCAAGAUAGCAUGCCAUUAUCAAAUGGAAUACCUACACAUGUCUUUAUCCCCGGUUGGUUUGGCGUACGCAGCGUUAACAUUGCUCUUAGAAAGGAAAGGAUCAUUCUCGGCGCUUCGGAGAACCUUUCAACUCUUAUGAAACGGCUAGGUCUUUUUCGAAGACUCUCCCUCUCCUUCAGCCACCUGAGGCCCGAUUCUCUGAUGAGCCACUCUGCUUUCCCUCAGACAUCUGGACACUCGCCUAUUUUUGGCCAGCGACCUUUGUUUGACAAAUUCUUUGCAACCGCUGAUUGUGUCACAGCGGAGCAAGUCGAAGCCCUUGGCAUCUUACCUCCCGAGUGGUGGGAAAAGUGGCAUACAAGGCUCGAAUGGUUUACCGAAGACGGAGAAAUUGAUAUGGCAUAUAGGGGCCACGACAACCUGCGCAGGACCUGGGACGUGAAGUUUGACUACAGUAUGCAGAAUCCUCGGGCCAAGGCGGGCCCAAAGAUCGUGACGGAGAGGGAGAGAAAGGCAUUCGAGGCGAUGCUUCGCUCAAUGCUGACCUUCCAGCCGGGAGAAAGAGCGACAGCGCAACAAAUAUUGCAGUCGGAAUGGAUGAAAGACUGGGGUCAACCAGCCCUCGAAGAGAGCUGGAGGACAUUUCAUUCUGCGAAAGGAUAG